AUGCCUUCUACUGAUUCACUGCAACCACCCCUCACCCCUGCAGAGCGCGCGGUAGUCAAGACCUACGGUUCCUGGACCAACUUUAUGCAAUCUUAUGGACUGAAGCCGUGGGAGGAUGAUGAUGUUCAGGAGGGAAUGGCGAUUCUUCGCGGACUUGUCCAGGCGUAG